GUAACACCAACUACAUCUUCAAUGAGAUUCUAUCAGUUGAAGAAGCUCGUCUAGCUUGGUGGAGUGUGCAGAUGUCGAAAACCCCGGAACGAUUUUUGUAAUGUGUCGCCAGUUAUAGGCGUCAAGUCGACAGAGUGGCGAUUUUGCAAUAUCGGCUGACCGGCGACUUGUUACUCCAUGACCACGAACAGCCGGAACUGGGAAGUGUGGUGAUGUGGAAUGUCCCACACUGGGCUCCACCGAUUGAAUCCGGAAGUGCACUUGGGACUGUGGGCAUCGAGGAGUUGAUCUACUUUGCGCUCAACGGUGCUGGUGCCAACUACGUUGACGAUAUAACUUCGCGUGGUGUGCCCUCACAUCCAUCGAAUGCGGAAACGGAGAAGUGCCGUAGUGCCGCUGACAUAGUUACACUCUUCAAGCAGCUGGUUGAGUCGGGAAUCAAGAAUACUGUGCGUCGCGUUCCAAGAUAGAACACGUUUUUCGAUCGAGCUAAUUUGUGACGCGAUUGGUCCGAAGAAUGAUGCGCUGAUUCGCAAAAUCAGUGGCCUCAAUCCAUACUCUAUGAGCUGGAGCAACGUCUUCGAUUACAUGAAGCCGAGCGCAUUCCACGAGAUCGCGCGACGAUGCUGUCCAAACGGCGACUGCAUGCACACUGCCUACAGCAUGAACUGGUCGCACGAAAUGAAGGGCGCCAAUCUCAUGGAUUACCUCCCGCACGAGUGUGGAAAACUACCAUUAAGAAGGGCUGGAUGAAGUUGACCUAUGAUCUAAGAGCAUGUCUAUGACCUUUUUAAGGGAGAAGAGAGCACCAGAGAUGCGAGCUAGAUCGGUCAACUUACAGCCGCUAAUACCAGGCAACGAUCAACACGUAAAGAGGCUAGUCGAUGAGACGCUGACGAGGCCAGACAUCGGACUGGGCAUAGCGGGAAGAUCCUGAAAACCUGUGUGCUGUCUAUCUGGCUCUCAGUAAAUUCCAAAAGUGGACAGCGGAGCACUUCUACAGGUAUGCGAGGAAGGCUCUUUUCUCUGGCGGGAAGCGUCCAGCCUAUCUGACUGCAAGAAAUUCUGCGGUGCAAGAAGGUCCAUCUUCUGCCACGCUAUUUUACGAUCCUGGUACCAGGGCGUCCAGCGUCAUCUUCUUGCAGUGGUGUUACGACACUUCGGAAACCAUGAUGAAAAUUUGAAACUUGCGUCCUUCUGAUCCCUUUUUAUUGAAGACAAUCGAGGUUUGAGUUCGACCACCUUCGGAAUGGUAAUGUUCAGGUGCGGCCAUCAUUCUGCAAACUACUACACAUACGAGUGAGCAUUUCAUCCUCCUUCAUAUUUUUGCAAACAUAAACACCUAUUAUUUUUUCGACAUGAAGACAUGAUGAGCCUGAGAAUCAACCCCUUAACCCUUCGGUAAGCUUUAUUCCUACUAGCCGAUCCGGCACCGUGUAUGUUGCUGCGGUGUUGAUGUGCAGCAUGUUGAUGACGAUGAGUGAAGCUUUAUUCUCAAUACCCAGCGAUACCUAUAAUUGGUUGCACUACAACUGUUCAUACUUCCGCGCAGCCAUAGAGAAUGUGUUACUUGCCGUUCAUUCAGAAGAUCAAUCAAUUCACCCGUCCAUCACGAGUCUUUGCAUGGAUGCUACAGUUUGAUCAUCAUUUUUUCUUUAGAGACACCACAGCACUGUGCUCCCCGGUAUGAUCGCCGGAUGCUUCUGCGAUUCUGCAUAAUGUAUUUCGUACUCUCAUCCUCG